GCAGGCAGCGGCAUUCCGGUCGGAAAUCUAUUAAUUUUGAACCUAUGUGACAGUUCUUGAAACAACCCGGAUGUAAAAUUCUUUAUUUCCCAGAAUCCCCUUGGUUUUCGACCUCUUUCUUUUCCAGCCAUGUCGAAGAGAGGACGUGGGGGUUCGUCUGGUGCAAAGUUCCGAAUCUCGUUGGGUCUUCCAGUGGGAGCAGUUAUUAACUGUGCCGACAACACUGGUGCCAAGAACCUUUACAUCAUCUCUGUGAAGGGCAUCAAAGGGCGUCUGAACCGUCUGCCUGCUGCUGGAGUAGGUGACAUGGUGAUGGCAACAGUCAAGAAGGGCAAACCUGAGCUCAGGAAAAAGGUGCACCCUGCAGUCGUAAUCAGACAGCGGAAGUCCUAUCGGAGAAAAGAUGGAGUCUUUCUGUACUUUGAGGACAAUGCCGGUGUCAUUGUGAAUAACAAAGGAGAAAUGAAAGAUACCGCGAGAAUGCACCACAGCCAUCCAUUUAAAAAAAAAAAAAAAAAAAUUACGGCGGGGCAUGCCCCCCGGACCUCCUAGCAGGACUUCGCUCCAUUGGUGGUCGCAUUAGCAGGACUUCGCUCCUUUGGUGGUCGCAUUUAUAU